AUGAGUGACAAGUGUGCUGGUGGAUUUUGCGCUGCGACUGUUCUUUGUGUUAUUUCAGUGGCAACUGCAGUUAUCUGUGGCAUAUUCACGUUAGCCUUCCCCGUGCCUUCGUAUAUAUUUGGCAAUGAUAUGAAGGACUUUGCUGCAUGUGAUCCUGAUAAUACACUUCAGCCAUACGACUUGGCCUAUAACACUGGGUAUUACUUUGGAUUGCUGAAUAUCAUAUUCACAUGUGUGUGCUUUGGUAUAGCACUCUUUUCGAUCAUACCCGGAGUUGGUAUGUUGAACUGGAUCAUUGCAUUACCGGCGUCAUGUGGGUCAAUAGCUUUCUUUGUUCUUGGUAUUGUUAUUUUAGUGCAGGGACUUGGUAUUGAUUGGAAAGAUCUUGCUGCAGACAAGAGAAAAUGCGUUGAAGCACAAUACAAGUGCUGUUUUGAUACAACCGACUGUGAAUGCACUGAAGAAAUAGAAGGGAAUGUUGUGAAGUGCACCAAAGACUGUAAAAAGGAAUUCAUAGAUGAAGCAGAAUACAAAAUUAAAGUCAUUGGCGCAAUGAAUAUUGUGGGGUCGGGUUAUAUGGGCUUCUAUACAAUCACAGCAAGUAUUACCACAUGGGCAGCGCUUGCAUUCUGUUGUGGUGCUUGUUUCAUGAAAGAAUAA